AUGGCUUUCCCACGUCUACAGAAGUUGGUCGACGAUGCAGCUGCACAGCUCGACGAGGAGCUGCUAGCUGGACUGCCGUUCACGGUCAAAACUCCAUCUCCAAGGCGACUUCUGAAGCUGAUCGUGGAUCACGCUGACGAUCUGCAUAAUGUGCCCGACACAUUCCGGGGUACGAGACCCAAAUGCGGCGUCUCAGUCAGGCUCGAUACCAAUGAGCUGAUCGAGCUGAUCCGCGACAUCAAUGAAGAACAGCUUUUCCUCUUCUUGGAAUCGGAUGAGCGAGCUGCGCCUCUGGUCACGAAGCUCCUCGAUAUCAACGACAAGGAUCGGGCCGAGUUCGCGAGCUUACAGCGAACACAUGCCGCAUUCCCCAAGCGGUAUCAGGAAGCUCAAGCUGAGUUUUCGUUCGAGCUCCAUGAGACAGUUCUUCAGCUUGAGAAGAACCGAGCUCUGCAUGCCCAGGUCGAGCAGCUAACUCUUGAGCUGGAGUUGGAGAGGGAGGCAAAGCUUAGAUUCAGGAAGCUGCCGAGGGGCACGUGGAGCUUUCGGCAAGUCGACGUGAUGCGCUUAGUAGCAAUGCGCGGCGAGCUCCAGGCCAAGCUUGACCUUUCGAUCGAGGCUGCCGCCAUCUCCCAGGCUGCGCAAGAAGUCGAUGAAGGUCACCGACGAGCUUACUUCUGGCAGGGCUUCCUCCGCGGAGCCAAGUGGGAUAACAAGCUGCAACCGCUUCGGCGGCUUCUUGUGCGCAAGACCGAUGGCAAAGCUGCGAACUUGCCAGGUCGCUUCAAGGACAACAACAAGGCGGGAAUGGCAUAUCGGCUAGCUGCACCUGCCGAGCUCAAGGCAGAGCAUCCUUCCAAGGUCUACUUCGACCGGUCUUGGUCUCACGCUCACCUUCACCUUCUCUGCAAUCCUCCCUCAUCAGGACUUCCAACGACAAUGGAAGUAAACACGCGCCCCGGCCCCCCAUCCCCUCCAGCUGCGGGCGAUGACUGGCCAUAUGGAGACGGCUUCCCAAAUAAAGAAGUCGAAGCCGACAUGAGGGCCAUAGAGCAGGCCGAAAGCUUCUGGGCUACAUACGCAGACCCCGACACGAGGAAUGAAAAGUACAAGGUCCGGUUCCGCGACGCACUCGCUAAGCAUAUCGCGCGGUUGGAGGAGCUAUGGGAAGCUGUAGCUUCAUACAACGCGGGAAAUUUCUCUUACACGUCGCGAGGCACAACAAUGGACACCAUACUGCGGGAUCCCGAAACCCCUAGCUUGUGGGAAGGGCUUAUUGCCGAGCAAGAGGCAAAAGACGAGAGCGAUGACACUAUGGAACCGCUCCAUAAGCUGGAGCAGAAGCUUCGUCGGAUUGCACUGACUGGCAUCCACGUGGGCAACCUCACCAAGAAGCACACCAAGACUGAGGAGGCAGCUGGAGGACCUGACAUUCGGAAGCCCGUGUACGCUUCAUGA